AUGGGACUUGACAUGUGUGAGGCAAUCAAGCUUAAGGGGUCUUUGCCGGAGUGGAGAGAGUGGGGCAACAUCAGUGUGAAGACCUGCCAAAGCUGCUCCUCCAGGUUCCCCGAGCUCAUAAACUCGUUGGAGCAUUUGGUAUGUGCUGUUUCAACGCUUAAGGGGUCUUUGCCGGAGUGGAGAGAGGAAAGGCUGACACAGGUGCAGGAGCAAAUCGGACAGCCGGCCCUGAAGCUGGUUCAGGAAGUGGACUCACGUUGGAACAGAACAUACCAAAAGCUCCAACGUGUUUAUGAGCUCAGGGAACCUGGAGGAGCAGUUUUGGCAGGUCUUCGCACUGAUGUUGCCCCAUUGUCAUCAGAACAGUACAGUAUUAUUGCCGAAUCCCUAAAAGUGCUGUCCCCAUUUAAUGGUGCAGCGGUCAAGCCAUCAGAGGAGAGAAGGGUAUCUUGA